AUGGCAGAGGCUGUUGUUGGGCAGCUGGUGGUCUCCCUCGGUGCGGCGCUGGCGAAAGAGACAGCUAUCUUUGGCGGGGCACUGCUCAGCAAGGAAGCCGCCGCCAUCAGGGGCCUCUUCGGCAAGAUCCGCGACUCCAAGGCGGAGCUGGAGAGCAUGCAGGCCUACCUGCAGGAGGCGGAGCGGUUCAAGGACACUGACAAGACCACAGCCAUCUUCGUCGGCGAGGUCAGGGGCCUAGCCUUCCAGAUCGAGGAUGUCAUUGACGAGUUCACCUACAAGCUGGAGGACUGCAGGCAUGGAGGGUUUGCGGGCAAGAUGAAGAAGAGGCUCAAGCAUAUCAAGACCUGGCGCCGCCUAGCAGCCAAGCUCCAAGAAAUCGAUGUCAAGCUAAAAGAUGCCAAGAGGAGGAAGCAGGAUUACGCAGUCGUUGCAGGAACCGGCGGAUCUGCUUUUGCUGCCAGAUCGACAAGCCGAGGUCAAGCUCUGCACUUCACCAGGGAUGAGGACCUUGUGGGAAUCGAGGAGAACAAAGAGAAGUUGAUACGGUGGCUGACCGUCAGCGGUGGUAGUGGUCAUGGUCUGGAGCAGAACAACUGCAAAGUCACCACGGUGUGGGGGAUGCCUGGUGUUGGUAAAACCACUCUGGUUGCUCAUGUGUACAACACUGUAAAAGUGGAUUUCGACGCGGCGGCGUGGGUAACUGUGUCGGAGAGUUACCAUAUUGAGGAUCUGCUGAAGAAGAUUGCCGCCCAGUUCGGCAUCACAGUCGACGCCGCCGACAUUGAGAUGAGAGACCUAGCAGAGUCCAUCCAUGAUUACCUUCAAGGUAAAAAGUUCAUUAUGGUCUUGGAUGAUGUUUGGGCUGCACGCGUGUGGUUGGAGAUAAGGAAUGUCUUCCCAACGUCUAACUUUACCAGCCGAUUUGUUAUCACAUCAAGAAAGCAUGAGGUGUCACUGUUGGCAACUAGGGAGUCUGCAAUUCACUUGGAACCGCUACAAGAACAUCACUCCUGGCUGUUAUUUUGUAAUGGAGCCUUUUGGAAUACUGAUGACAAAGAGUGCCCGGUGGAGCUGCAGGAAUUGGCUCGUAAGUUCAUAACAAAGUGUCAAGGCUUGCCUAUUGCUAUUGCUUGCAUUGGCCGCCUACUCUCCUUGAAACCCCCAACUUCUGCUGAAUGGGAGGAUGUGUACAGUGGUUUGGAUUCACAAUUGGCGAAAGAUGUGAUCCCCGAUGCUCAUAUGAUCCUAAAAGUCAGCUUGGAGGACCUUCCAUAUGAUUUGAAGAAUUGUUUCCUACACUGUGCAUUGUCUCCAGAAGAUUAUGUAUUAAAGAGGAGGAAGACAAUGAGGCUCUGGAUCGCUGCGGGGUUUAUCAGGGAAAAAGAUGAGAGCAAAACAUUGGAGGAAGUGGCGGAGGGAUACUUGGCUGAGCUUGUGAACCGAAGCCUUUUAUAG